AUGUUUUUUGUUUUUUUUGGCCUUGGAGCCGCUCUGCGUUGGACCACAGGGCCUCACAAUGUUCUGCAUGUGGCCUUUUGCUUUGGGCUGGCAGCUGCUACUCUCAUCCAGUCCAUCGGCCACAUCAGUGGAGGACACAUCAACCCCGCUGUCACCUUUGCCUAUUUGAUUGGCUCUCAGAUGUCCUUGUUUAGGGCUUUCUUCUACAUCUUUGCUCAGUGUCUGGGAGCUCUGGCUGGUGCUGCUGUCCUUUAUGGCGUCACUCCCACUAACAUGAGGGGAAACCUCGCACUGAAUACGCUGCAGCCAGGGAUCAGUCUGGGCAUGGCCACGACUAUGGAGAUCUUUCUCACAGUGCAGCUGGUCAUCUGCAUCUUUGCUGUGACUGAUGAGAGGCGCAAUGGGCGCCUGGGCUCUGCAGCUCUGGCCAUUGGCUUCUCUGUGCUCAUGGGACAUCUUCUUGGGAUGUACUACACUGGGGCAGGGAUGAAUCCAGCAAGAUCAUUUGCUCCGGCCGUUCUGGUUAGGAACUUUGUUAACCAUUGGGUGUACUGGGUGGGGCCGAUGAUCGGAGCUGCCAUAGGAGCUCUGCUGUAUGACUUCAUGCUGUUCCCUCGUAUGCGCGGUCUUUCUGAGAGGCUGGCCACGCUGAAGGGCAUCAGGCCUCCAGAGGCUCAGGGUCAGCUGGAGACCAGGGGAGAGCCCAUCGAGCUCAAGACACAGGCUUUAUAA